GUAACUCUCUUCUCAACUUCCCGGAAAUUUUAUACAUGAAUUGGAUGCAUCCUGUUAUCCUGAUUUAUCAUUAUGCCGACGAUAUAUACAAACAAAAUUAAUGACAAAAUACGAUUAAUCCCUGCCUCUGCAUACCACAAUUAGGCUUUUACCAACCCAAUCACACAUUGAACAUUAUAAUCAUUCGUAUUUUAACAGUAGCAUUCACGAAAAUCAACAAAUUUUGUGCAGAUGUACAAGUGUUUUUAAACCUCUUUUAAUAUUCAUGCAGCCAGAAUUCUAAUAAUGCAAAUAACAUUUUUAGCCAGGAUUGGGUAGUGUAGGAUAAUUUACUACCUCGUAAAUAACUGCUAAAUUCAUAGUGUAUUCAUAUUUAUUUAGUAAUUACGACUAUCCUGAGGAUCAAUGGAGAGAAAUUAACUCCAAUCAUGAUCACGUACACCGUAAGACUGCAGAUAUUAAUACGUGUGUGCAUACAUAUGUAGGCAAUAUUAAUAUGACAAACGUAAUUCCGCUCAUUUCUCAUGAAGCGUGAAUAUUUACAGUAGAUCCAUGUAUCCAGGUAUCUGCAGUGUCCUGAAAAGUGUCAUCAUUUUAUUACUUUAUAGCAAAAGCCCACUAAUUUGAUUUCCUCCUCUUGCGUUACGUGUUGCAUGCUAAAUGAAGCGAAGCCGACCCACUAAUUGUUUACAUUUACACGAUUCAUUUUUGCAAAAAUGGUUCCGCAUCGUCGUGUCGUAUUACUGGCCAACUAUUCAGUAUACACUGCAUCAUGGAUGGAUGCUUAGUCCCGUCCAAAAUUUCGACCUCGGUUCUCCCAGUCUUGAAUUAGCACACUAAUUAUCUCUUAAGUUCACUGGAGGAAUCAUGCCUAAAACUUUACCUUUAUACAUAAUUCACACAAGUUCAACUACUUGCAGAACAUUUGUAUGCAGUGGGUGCUAAUUUAUACCAAGAUUUCGAGUGAGUUCUACACCAUUUACAAAGAAUAGACCAUAGUGUUGCUAAACCACGUCCCAUAAAAUAUCAUAGUAUAAAAAUAAUACGGUGCGAUUGUUAGAUUUAUGUGAUUCAUGUUUAUAUUUCAUACUCGUAGGAAUUUAACACCCAACAACAACUCAAUAUUAAUUUAAGUAUAUCCUGUCCCUGGAAUUUCAUUGCAAAAUAAGUGCUGAAUAUGCUGCAAUAUUUUAAGAGCUGGGUGACCAUUUACUCUACGUCAAGACAAGUUCAAAUCAAGAGCACAUUGCUUGCAGUAUGCCAAUUGUUAAUUGUGAUAACUGUUUGGGUAGCCUAUUUGGGCAGCUUAAACUUGAAUUUGAAAAAUGUCUACCAAAAAUCUUGUCCUGUUCAAGGAGCAAUUGUGUCAAAAGUGAAAGGUCAUUUAAGCACGGAGGAUAUUCCUGAUUCUGCAUUUAAGAUUAGCAAUCCCGAGUUGUACAGGCGGAUUUGGGACACUUCAGACUUGGUCUUUCCGCCGUAUGGUGGCGAUGGUCAGGACGGAAGUUUUAUUGCCGUGACCAAUUUGCUUAUUACACCGAAUCAAACGAGAGGAGUUUGUGCCGAAUCCAGCAAGUCAAAUAUAGCCUUUUGCUCAAAGGAUAAAGAUUGCGUCCGUGGGAAAUCGGUCCCCACAAGUAGCGGUGUUAUGACUGGAAAGUGCAUGAACGACACGGGGACUUGUGAAAUCUCAGCGUGGUGUCCAGUAGAACAAAAUAUACUACCAUUGAAAGAAAAAAACCGUGCACUUUUAGAAGGAGUAAAGGAUUUCACCAUUAUGCUAAAAAAUUCAGUGGAAUUUCCGGAGUGUGGGAAAGGGCAAGAUUAUCAUCGAAGAAAUAUUUUAGACAAUGCUACCAAGCAAUAUUUAUCUUCAUGCAGUUAUCACACUCAUAACGAUACCAUGUGCCCAAUAUUUCGACUCGGAGAUAUUAUCGAGUGGAGUGGGAGCAACUUUUCUCAUGUUGCUUUAACAGGAGGAGUCUUUCGAAUUGAGGCAAAUUGGGACUGCGAUUUCGACUGGGGAGCAAAAAAUAGUUGGUGUUUUCCAAAAUACAGAUUUGAGAGAAUUGACGAACCUAAUGCUACAAUUAGCCCUGGUUGGAAUUUUCGAACCUCCUUUUACCACGAAGAAAACCGAAGAACGCUUAUCAAAAUGUACGGAUUGAAAAUACUUGUGGUAGUUUCUGGUAGCGGAAAACAAUUUGAUUUCCUUCAACUGAUUUUGGCACUUGGUGCUACGAUUGGGCUCUUCUCUGUGGCGCCCCUAUUUUGUGACACGUUAUUCGAAUUUCUGUGUUACCUGAAGAGAUUCAAACCUUGUCAAAAAAUGUUUGGAGAUUUUUCUGUAAAAUCGAGAUAUCAAGGAUCUGAAGUAUAUUCUCCAAAAUCAAGUCCCAACAAAUUUGAAUUGGCAGCCAGCAAUAACACAAUUGAGGAAAGCAUUGGUUCAUAUAAACCUUCUUGAUUAAGGUGCAAUAGGAAGUCAAGCCUUGUAAUCACUGUUCUUGCAUGCGACUCAAGAUUUCCUUCCGACAAUCUCUUAUAAACGCCAGUACGGUUAAACUUCCUUCGUCAAUCCUUAUUACAUAUUCCUACAAAUUGUGAUACAAAUUUUACAUGGGAAACCACCAGAACUGAUUACUGAUGUAUGUACUUUAUUACUUAUCACAAAAAUAUACUAAAUGAGUGCUAUUUUCAAUCACAUGUCUUUUAUCAAGCCAAUAAAUUAUUUAUGACUUCAUGCAAGUUUCAGCGAAUUUUGACGAGUUUUUAAGGUUAGAUGAAAACACAUUUGCAGUCAUCAUUAUGCGAGUAUCACAUGCAUACUUAUGCACAUGUACAUGUGUACAUACAUCUGUUUAUGCAUUCAUAUAAAGUGUCUCGAUUUAAUUGAAUUUCAGUUAAUUUGCACAAAGUGUUUAUUCGUUGAAAAAAUCAUGUGGUAAGUAUUUUGGCAAAAGACCGCAGGAGAAUACUCAUAAAUCAAUUCAUGUAAAGUAAAUGUGACUUCUCCUGAACUAAACUUAAUUAUUCCACCCCAAGUAGGAAUAAGUAUGUAAAUAUGGACGGAUUUAUUUUCUUAAGACGAGUAAAUAUAAACCCAAAUUUUAUAUUCGUUUUGCUCAGUUAACUUUUAUACGUAUACACAAAAUGUGUUCAAUCAAAGCUGUCAUUAUCGUAAUUUUCUGCGUACUAGUGGUGAAAGCCAAAUACACUGGUCCAACGAAUCAGGCUGGCUUGAACCUAAUCAAGGAAUUUGAAGGGUUUAGAGCAAAUUUUUAUCAGGACUCUGUCGGCAUUCGAACCAUCGGAUAUGGCCAUGCUUGUCACGUAUCGAACUGUAAUGUCCCAUUAAGUGGCCGGUACGCUGUUCCACUGACGACGACGAACGGGGAACGACUUUUGCAAGAAGAUCUUCAAGAGUUCGAGACUUGUGUUCGAAAUGCGAUCACGUUCAGCAGUCUGAACGCCAACCAGUUCUCAGCCCUUGUCUCCUUUUCCUUCAACUUGGGAUGUGGGAGUCUGAGGAGGUCCUCCCUUCGCACCCUCCUCAACCAGGGGGACGUGGGUGGGGCGAGUCGAGAAUUUGGGAAAUGGGUCCGUGCUGGGGGUAAGCGACUCCCAGGCCUCGUGCGGAGACGAGGAGCAGAACGAACAUUAUUUUGCUCGGGAGGGCUUUGCUAAUUUUAGCAAACAUCCAAUUCAUCAGCAAAAUUUGCAUUUAUCCUGAAGCAAUAAAAGAUGUUUCAGGAUGCUGCUUUCACAACCAAUGCGUCUUUUAUACCGGAAAUGAGAUGAGAUCGCAGAGAAGACCAACAAGUUGUUUCUGUAUCUAAACAUACUACAAUAUUACCUAUUCUGCAAUUGCUCACUCUAGUCAGUGACAGAGGGCAAUGAGUGUAUGUAAUACUUAUUAUAGGCAAAUAAAUAUGAAAAUGCUGCCCAUUUUGACAUUACAUAUAAGUAA